AUGUAUUACCCUCAGUAUCCGACGCAACAGUACAAUCCGUAUCCUUAUCCUACGAAUGGUGCCCAUACUCCCGCUGUCUCCACUCCCAUGCCUGGGCCUCAGAAUGUACUGCCCGUACCUUCGGCUCUGAGCAAUCAAGGAGCCAUGCCCCAGGCAGCUUAUAGCAACAAUGCCCCCGCUGGCAACUUCGACACAACUGGACAGCACAACCCUCCAGGCAUGAAGCCUAGAGUCACAGCAACCUUAUGGGAGGACGAAGGCAGCCUGUGUUUUCAGGUUGAAGCCAGAGGUAUCUGUGUCGCACGGAGAGAAGACAACCAUAUGAUCAAUGGUACCAAGCUAUUGAACGUCGCUGGUAUGACCCGAGGCCGUCGGGAUGGUAUUCUGAAAAGUGAAAAGGUUCGACAUGUUGUCAAGAUUGGUCCUAUGCAUCUGAAGGGUGUUUGGAUCCCUUACGACCGCGCCCUGGAUUUCGCGAACAAGGAGAAGAUCACCGAACUUCUUUACCCUUUGUUCGUUCACAACAUUGGCGCUCUUCUAUACCACCCUUCAAACUCAAACAGGACAAGCCAAGUGAUGGCUGCCGCUGAACGAAAAAAGAAUGAAGCAAUCGUCGGUAACCGAUCAUUACCUUCGCUUGUUCAGUCGCAUCACCAAAUGAUGCCUGCAAUGCCUACUGGAUACACUUCUCAGCAGCCCCUCACGAACGGACAUCAAUCUAUGGCAAACACACCUCAGCCUCUCACGAAUGGUUCCCAGCCUCCCAUGAAUGGUUCUCAGACUCCCAUGAAUGGCUCUCAGCCACCCAUGCAAAACGGAGGUGGUAUGCUCAAGCGAGUGCGCGAAGACGAUGAUGACUUGCAUCGUUCUGGUCCUAAUGGACAUGAUCCCAUGAACAACAUGCAUGGAAUGCCCAACGGAUAUCCCCACCAGUCGCCCCUCGGAAGCGUCCACCAACCCCCCAUGCAGAAUGGAAAUGAUGGUGGGCUCAAGCGAGGCCGAGAAGAGCACGACGACAUCCACAGGACAGGCCCCAAUGGCCAUGAUCCAAUGAACAACAUGCCGGGUGGCAUGCCUAGCCUCCCAACUUAUGCCCCACCACCUCUCCAGAAUCUUCACCAGCCUCUUUCCAACGGUGAUAGCGGCAUGCUUAAGCGCGGCCGAGACGACGACGAUGAUGUCCACCGGUCAAGUCCCAACGGUCAUGACGCCAACGGCAAUUUCGAGCUCAAGAGACGCAAGACCGAGACCUCUACCUCGAAUGAUAUGCUCCCUCAAUCCCCAUACUACACCCUGUCCAAUGGAGCAUACCAGGGUCCUAUGAUGAACGGCAUGAACCCCUAUAAGCGACGGGACGAUGAAGCCGAGACACCUCGACCAGGCCCAAAUAUGAAUGAUCUAAACCACUUUGACCUGAAGCAGCGACACAAGACGAUGGAGUCGAGCGUCCCUGCUCCUCAGUAUGACGCGAUGAACCGACCCCACUCCAGUAUUGGAAAUUCGCCUGCGUAUGCUUCUGCCCCUACUGGCUACGAUCAUCUUACCCGACCUGCCUCCACCGUCGCGGUAUCUCCCUCAUAUCCUGCUGGUCCUGGUUAUGAACUGGCUCGACCUCCGACCAAUGUCCCUAGAAGACAACAGUCCUUUAGCUAA